CUCUGUUGCGGUUUUGUUUGGUAUUAAUAUUAUUAUUUGGAUAACGAAUGAGGUUGGGGGCCUUGAAAAGGCUGCCACUGCCAAAAAACAGUGAGGGGAGGAGCCUUCCCGCUAUAUAAACCCUCCUCUGUUUCGUCUCCUAAUCCACCUGCAUGUGUUCUUCUUCUUUCUGCUUCGCCUGCGUUUGAAUCCAUCAGAAGAAGAAAUGGUAAAAAAGAUAGUAAUUAGAGAGUUCGAUGCGAGUAAGGAUUGUGUGGGAGUGGAAGACGUGGAGAGAAGGUGCGAAAUCGGGCCAAGCGGCAAACUGUGUCUUUUCACUGAUCUCUUGGGUGACCCAAUUUGCAGGGUCCGCAACUCCCCUGCUUUCCUCAUGCUGGUGGCGGCCACGGGCGACCACGACGACAUACUUGGAAUGAUUAGAGGCUGCAUCAAAACCGUUACAUGUGGCAAAAAACUCUCCCGCACUCCCAAAACCGCCCCCGCCGAUCACCCUACAAAAUACGUACCUGUUUACACUAAACUCGCCUACAUCUUAGGCCUCCGCGUCUCUCCCGGUCACCGGAGAAUGGGAAUUGGGUUGAAACUGGUGAAGAAAAUGGAGGAGUGGUUCAGAGAGAAUGGUGCGGAGUAUUCGUACAUAGCAACGGAAAAAGACAACGUGGCGUCAGUUAAUCUGUUCACCGAAANAUGCGGCUACUCCAAGUUCCGUACACCGGCCAUCCUUGUCAACCCCGUUUUCGCCCACCCACUCCCCUUGUCCCAUCGCGUCACCAUCCUCCCACUUUCACGCUCAGACGCUGAGAUUCUCUAUCGCUCCCGUUUCUCCACCACUGAGUUUUUUCCUCGCGACAUUGACUCUAUUCUCAACAACCGCCUCACUCUCGGUACCUUCCUCGCCAUCCCACGUGGCGUAUAUACCUUCGACACGUGGCCUGGCUCGGACCGGUUUUUACUUAACCCGCCCCACUCCUGGGCGGUUCUUAGCGUCUGGAAUUGCAAUGACGUGUUCAGGCUACAAGUACGUGGAGUGUCGCUGGUGAAGCGGACUCUUGCGAGGACGACACGCGUGUUGGACAGGGCGUUUCCUUGGCUGAGACUCCCGUCGGUGCCGGAGCUGUUCAAGCCGUUUGGGCUCCACUUUCUGUACGGGCUGGGCGGAGAAGGGCCCGAGGCUGGGAGGAUGGUGAAAGCGCUUUGUGGGUACGCUCAUAACCUGGCGAAGGAGAGAGGGUGUGGGGUUGUGGCGACGGAAGUGUCAGCCAGAGAGCGUGUCAGAGCCGCGAUUCCGCACUGGAAAAUGCUGUCGUGCGAGGAGGAUCUUUGGUGCAUCAGACGCUUGACGGAGGAUUUCAGCGACGGCUCUGUGGGUGAUUGGACCAAAUCACCACCUGGGUUGUCCAUUUUCGUCGACCCCAGAGAGUUCUAGAAGGAUUAGAAGGAGAAGACUGGGAAAAUGAAAGGAAAGGAAAGGAAAAAGAUCAUACAAAUGGGUUUUUAUCGUAAAAGAUAAUAUAUCCCUAACCUUUUUAUAUAUUUUUUUUUUGUUU